CAACCUCAUAACUUUGAUAUUGCUGCCAAGUUGCCAUCAUGCUACUUUGGUCCUUGAAAUGUGAGCCCAGAUGACCGUAAAUCUCUUGAUCUCGCUAGUAGCAAUAUGAGUGACAUUUGACAGAAUCGUGGGAUGAUUGUCUUGUUACAACGACUUCUUUUGCAGUUACAAGACAUUUGCUCCAUACUCCUUUCAUCCUCGAUUUGAAUUUUUCCUUAACUUGAAACAUCAAAGCUUUAAGUUUCACAACUCUUAGAGCCCAUCCAGUAUAGUGACCAACCGUAGACUGCUAGCUUCCAUACUAGCAACUAGUACUUCUUGGGAGAAUCUUUACUUCAUUAAAAAGCAAGGAAACUUUUGCACUUUUAGAAAACAACCUUUUUUGUUCUUUUUUCGCAAAGUUUUGGCAUCAUGUCUACAAUUACAACACCUCCUUCAAACACGCUUUCCCAACAGGAUUUCUCUGUGCUGCAAUUUCGGCUUUUAGACUUUUUAGCCUCCCAAGAAAGUAGAAAGGUCAUUGCUGCUUCUAAAGAAUUAACGUUGUUGCGACAGAGCAUUCUAACUUUGAAGCACAAAGCAACCAAUUUGAAACCAGAAGAAAUGAAUUUGGAAGAGAAGCAAUCUGCUAUACGUAUACUUCAGUCCAGAAUUUCCCUCAAAAAAUCUUUCCUUUCCCGAAUCCAUUCCGAAAACGAAGCUGUCGAAGACGUUGCCAUGCAAGAAGCUGUUUGAAUGAGACUCAUUUGGGAUUCUAUGCAAAAGAAGCUAUUUAUUCAUGUACAUCUCUCUUACACUGAACAUAGAAGCACACUACUUUCUUUCUAUUCUUGUUUUAAUAGUUGAAUAUAUGCGUUAAUGAAUCGUGCAAGUCAUAUACGAAUACCAUCUUCAACCCGAUACAUAAUAAUCUUAUCUGCUUUGAGAAGAUCAACUAAUUAACUAAUGCACAUAACUAAUAAUGAAAUGUAAAAGGGUUCGUAG